AUGAUUGGUUCAAUUCCUAAUACUGUAACUUUUGUCUCUUUAUUGAAUGGAUUCAAUCAAAAAUUAACACCAGGUAUAUUACCAGAUGGCGUUAAAGAGUUGCUUUUUGGUGAUACCAAACAAGAAUUAAUAAUUGGUUCAAUUCCUAAUACUGUAACUCGUGUCUCUUUAUUGGAUGGAUUCAAUCAAAAAUUAACACCAGGUAUAUUACCAUAUGGUGUUAAAUCGUUGAAAUUAGGUGACAUAAAACAAGAAUUAAUGAUUGGAUCAAUUCCUAAUACUGUAAAGGAAGUAAUAGUUUUCAAAGGUUUUAAACUACAAAUCGAACCUUAUGUUUCAAAAAAUGUAAGAAUAAUUUUUACAUGA